CUUUCCAAAGAAUUUAUUUGGAGAAGUAAUUUUAUCGAGUAGACCCCAUUGAGUUAACUCUGAAAUUACUGAAUCGGUUCAUUUCACUAUUUGAGAGAAAAUUACCCGGUUUUCUCAACAUGACUUUCCUUCCCUUUAUUAAUGUAUCGAACAACAACUGGACACGGCUUAUACCAAUUCAAUUGUGCAGAGAGCCACUGUCCAGAAGCUGCGCGUGGCUUACUGGCUCCAUGCUGCAACCUCCAUCACAGGGUGAUAACUCAGGUGGAAUUUUUGCUGGAUUUGAACUCGAUUAUGCAUUUUUUCUAGAUUUCCAGUAUCAUAAAGGCUGUUUGCAACUUAAAGAAAGAUCAAAAGAUUAGGUAGAUUAUCAGCUUAAGAUGAAUCUCGUCUUGAUCCAAAGCAGAGCAAGAAAUGAAUCACCCUGGUGGCUUCAAAUUCAAGAAUAUACUUUUAUAUCUUGAAAGAUGCAUCGAUUACUAUUAGUAACAGUUGAUACAUCAAGCAUCCAUUAUAGAUAUAGUUUUCUUUUCUUUUGAAACGAUUACAAGCAACAGUUAUUAUGCAGUGAGCACUACUUAAUGCCCUAAUUAUACAAUUUGUACUCAUGAUCAAACUGCAACACCAAAUACAAGUAUAACCAAAAUUCUCAAAGCAAACAACAAAAAUUUCAUGGUACCUCUACAACAUGUUUCAUAAUUCUUCCGCAUUUAGUAGACAUUAAAAAAAAUACUUUAAUUAAUUAAACUUGAAUUUAAUUUAAUCGACUAACUAAAAUGAAUGAAUUAUUACUUUUCUUUUGGGGGACAUAUCAUUAUUGAACAUUGAGUUUACAGGUGUGUGAUAGCGAAGAGUGUAACUAGAAAAAGACUAUAUCUGUCAUGUAGUGGCUUUACACAAUAUUAAGACAUAAAUUUUUAUUUUUUUAAAGCAAAGACUUCCAAUUUGGAAAAAGUCUUUGUUUUUUAUUUAAUAAAUAAAAAACUUCUCACUUUGUGACAUCAAAUGAAUAAAGACUUUAUUUGUCUGUUUCAAUUUUGAAAAAUUAAAAUGCAGAGAAGCUACAAAUUUGAUGAAGCCUUCCUCUUUUCUUCUUCUUAUAAAUUUGACGAAGUCGUCGUCUUGUUAACUUGAAAGUUGCAGGUUGCAAGUUGUAACCGACAAAAAAUCAAUAUAAAAUUUAGGGGAAACAUGAAUAUUACACAUGAUUACUUUUACCUUCACUCUAGAAGGAUUUGUGAGUAUAUAAACAAAAAACGAGUUUUGAGAAAUGUAAGACAAUAUAUACAGCAUUAGAUGGAGUCAAUCGAGGUGGGUGGCACAAGGAAGGAAACUUACCUGCUGAUUCGACGAAAAUAGAGUUGGCAGUCACCACACAACCAAGGCAUAAGUUGUCUUGCCAAAAAGAAUCUAUUCUUCCAGUUUGCCAUUGAUAAUCUGAUCUAUUCCGAGAGAUGAUCACUGAAGCAUCUGCCUCCUAUCUUUACAACAAAAUUGAUAACUUUGUGGCUGCAGAAGUGAAACUGCGGGGGAGCCUAGAUCAAAGAAUCAACGAGUUGACGAGUGAACAUGAGUUGAUCACAGAAGUUCUCAAAGGUGCAGAUGCCCUCAAAGAGCCGGAUAACCAAUUUCGGGUGUGGAUUAAGCAGCUUCGCAACAUAUAUCAUGACAUUGGGAGUGUUGUUGGUAUGUAUACAUACAGAAAAACUGAAAAAAAUGCUACCCCAUGGUACACUGGAUUACCAAAGAUGAGGUCUCAUGACAUCUCCGAUAAAAUAGAUGACAUUGAGAAAAGGCUCAAAAGCAUCAAAGAGAAGAAGGAGAGAUACUCGGUCUCUUCAACUUCAACUUCAACUUCAACUUCGGCUGAGCAUCAAGCAGGAAUUGCUCCUCUGUACACCCCUGAAACAGAGAUUGUGGGCAUUGAGGAACCAAGGAAAAAGCUGGUCUACUGGGUACAUGGUUUUGAACAAGCGUACAGAACCAUGUUCGUGGUGGGAAUGAGUGGAUCUGGCAAGACAGCACUUGUCAAAGUGGUGUAUGAACAGCUCAAGGCAGACUUUGAUUGCCAUGUUUGGCUCACUGCAUCCAUGUUUGAGAAGAUGGAAGAUCUCCUGUCAACCAUGUACAACAAAUUAAGCAACCCAGCAGGAGUAGGUCAGUCUUCCUCGACUUCUUCUCAGGAUCUUAUUGGCAUGUUGAAAAAUUAUCUGAUAGACAAAAGGUACCUAAUAGUUCUUGAUAAUUGGAAUAGAAAUGAUUGGAGAUCUGUUAGAUAUGCGUUCCAGAAUUGUAACAACAGUAGAGUGAUAAUCACUACAACAAGAGGAGAUAUAGCUUCUUUAUGUAGAGAUACAUCUACUGAUGAUAUCUAUAAAAUUCCACCUUUGCCUUUGGAUAAGGCUGAAGAACUCUUCUGCAGAGAAGCUUUCCCCGAAAGUGGCAUGUAUCCUUUGGAACCACACCUGCGUGAGGUAUCUGAAAGGCUCUUGAUAAAAUGUGAAGGACUGCCACUUGGAAUAGUCGAAAUGGGGAAGCAUUUAUCCCGCAAAGAGAGAAGAGAGUCGAUAUUCAAACAAGUGGAGAGUAGUCUACAAGAUGAGUUCGAGCGAGAAUUGUCAAGCAUCCAACAAGUACUGCUAUCUGGUUAUAAUGACUUGCCGUACCAUCUCAAAUGCUGCUUUCUGUACAUGGGCAUGUUUCCAGAGGAUCAACAAGUGAACCGUAGGAUGUUGAUUAGGCUGUGGAUAGCAGAAGAUUUCAUAGAAAAACGGAAUCAAACUGAACCAGAAGAUAUCGGAGAAGGGUACCUAAAAGAGCUCAUGGAGAGGAACUUAGUAGAGGCCAGUGAAAUGGAGUUUGAUGGAAGACCACGAACCUGCCGACUCCAUAACUUUAUGCAUAAGAUUGUUCUCUCUAAAGCAAAGGAUGAGCAAUUUUGCCUAGUCACAGGUGAAGGUAAUAUUUCUGAAAAGGUGCAGAGAAUAUCAAUACAGAGCAGUGAAUUGAACAUACAAGAUGAAGGCAUGUAUCACAUCCGUACCUUCUUCUCAGCAAGCUUAGGAAGGAAGAUUCCACGAGGCAUCAUUCCCAGAAUGAUUCUUCUGAAAAUUCUGCAUUUGGAUAAUGCGAUUUUGGAUGCACUUCCUAAAGGAAUUAAGGAGCUUUUACUAUUGAAGUAUUUGUCUCUACGUAACACAAAUAUCAAGCAGCUCCCCAUAAGCACAGGGCGGUUGAAACUCCUUGAAACCUUGAAUCUGAAGCAAACAUUAGUGACAAGCUUGCCAAAAUCACUGCUUGAUCUUCAGAAACUCCGGCACUUGCUUGUUGGUCGCAAAAGCUUUGCUUACCGCGAGGCUUUUGAUGCAGUUCAUGGUGUCAUGGUACAUGAAGAAAUAGGUUCAUUAACCAACCUGCAGAAUCUAUCAUUUGUGAGAGCAGAUGGGGAUCACAAACUGAUUUUGGGGUUACAAAAUCUGAAAAAGCUCAGGAAGCUAGGGAUUGUUGAUUUACCAAGCAGCAGUGGAUCAAUUCUGUGUAAAACAAUCCAAAUGCUAACGAGUCUCCGUUCCUUGAGUAUGAAAUCAUCAAAGAUGGGUGAAAUUCUGAGCAUUAAAGAAAUCAAUAAACCUCCCCAACUCCAGCGUUUGUAUUUGUGGGGGAGCUUGGAGAGGAUGCCUUCAUGGAUCGCAAAGCUCGACGACCUGGUUAGAAUACGGCUCAAGUGGUCUAGGCUGCCAGCUUCCGACAAUCCAAUAACAAUCCUUGGGAAGCUUAACAAUCUUCUGGAGCUCCAGUUGCUUGAUGCCUACACUGGAAACAUGUUAGAAUUUUGUGGUGGAACAUUUUUGAAGCUCAAGAUACUGGAGUUAAAUCAAAUGGAACAGCUUCAAAUGAUCAAGACAGGCAAGGGAGCAUUACCUGGCCUCCAGAAACUCUCCAUAAUCCUAUGUCCGAAGCUGAGAGAUCCAAUUGGCAUCGCCAACAUCCCUCAACUCAAAGAGCUUCAUUUCAGAGAGAUGCCUCAAGAUUAUGUGAAACCUCUACUGAGAAGUGGUCCACUGCACCACUUUGUCAGGCAUGUAAGGAUAAGACAGGACUAAGGAAGAAAAGGUACGUGUAUUCUACAACCACUGGACUGGAAGUGACCUAUGAAUAUACACUGUUCUUAGCAUGAUUUAGGACUAUUCUAUAUUGUUUGUUCAUUAUAAUUGUUCUAUCUAUCUUGUGGCUUAAGUUCAUAUCUAUUGUAUUGUGGAUUUUGUGAAGGUUGAUUUGUUUUACUUCAUUAUUGAACUCAAUGUACUCAAUGUUAUGUAAAAUUAGUGUAUUUCAUUACCCUUUGCCCCUUAUACUAUUUUUCUUAUUGAUGGAGUUCAUUGAUUAUUUAGUUGCACAUUAACCUUUGUGAUAUACUCCUUAUACUAUCAUACUCUCUCACUAAAAAGGUAAAACCAAAAACAGAAACACCAUCGUAUACACACAAACAAUAAUUGUUAUUUUGUCUCUCAGUUAUAAACAAAUAUUGACCUGAAACCUACAAUCUCCACUUCUAGUUUGUGAAUUGUGAUCUACUUAUGCAGAAAAUUGAUGUGCUGAAAUUGUGUUAAUUUACAUUUUAUGCUGCAAACAGAAUCAGAACAAUAAUUUAUAGUUCAGCAUUACAUGGAGAAGAAACAAACACACGAAAUUUACAUCAGAAGAUCAUAA